AUGGCAUUGGCAUCCCAGUCUCAAAAUUCAGUGAAGAGGUAUUUUACCAAAGCACUAAAACCAAAUUUGGCUUCUCAUACUCAACCUAUCCAGUUGGAGAAUAUCAACCAUUUAGAAGUACCAUCUUCUAAUGAAUUUGAUUUGGAUUCUUUAAAGUUUGAUCCGAGGGAAAGAACUCAAAUCUUGGACUUCCAUCCAAAUCAUCGUGAUGUUAUUAGGAGAGAAUACCUUCGACAAUGUCCUUGUCAACCUCGACUUCAUAACUUUCCUAAAACAAAUUUUUCUGGAUCAAUGCGUCGAUUUAAUCCUAAAUGGUUUGAUGAUGAAUAUCAUGAUUGGUUGGAGUACAGUAAAGACAUUGUAACUGCAUGUAAGAUAGAAACAACUAAAGCUAUAAUUGAGGAACUAAAUGGUGAUUACUUUGCCUUGCUAGUUGAUGAAUCUUUUGAUACGUUCCGCAAAGAGCAAAUGGCGAUUGUCUUACGGUAUGUUGAUAGAAUAGGAUUUGUGAUGGAGCGACUUAUUGAUAUAGUUCAUGUUCAAAAUACUUGUGCUUCAUCUUUGAAGCGUGCAAUUGCUAAUUUACUUGAUCAACACUCCUUAAGUCUAUCAUAUGUGCGUGGACAAUGUUAUGAUGGGGCAAGCAAUAUGCAAGGAUCUUCGUUUAAGCGUAUGGAUGAAUUUCGAGAAUCUCAAAAAGAAAGAAUUCAAGAGGCAUUAGAUAUGGGUGAGCUUACAACUGGUUGGGGUUUGAAUCAAGAAUUUGGUCUUUCAAGAGCAUGUGAUACUCGUUGGGGAUCUCAGUCUAAAUCUUUUAAUAAUUUUAUUCUGAUGUUUGGCUCUAUUCUCGAU